AUGUCUACAGAUAGAGCAUGCAUGUUAUGUGGGUUGGUACAGAGUACAGCGGAAUUCAACAGGAAUGGCUGUCCUAACUGUCAGUCAAUCUUUGAGGAAGCUGGUGUUUCUGCAAUUGAAUGCACCUCUCCAUCUUUUGAAGGUUUGAUCGGAAUGUGCAAACCAAAUAAAUCGUGGGUUGCCCGGUGGAUGAGUAUUGAUGGAUAUAUUCCCGGCAUGUACGCUGUUAAAAUCGAUGGUCGCUUACCCCUAGAAGUAACGGAUUUGUUACCGCAUUAUAAACCAAGAGAUGGUAGUCAGGUGGAUUAA